AUGGGACACUCACGACGUCCUGUUGGCGGGGAGAAGAAGAGUCGAGGCUUCGGUCGCUCGAAGGUCGCUGAUGUAGGUGAUGGGCGACAAGCGGGAAAACCUCAGGUCAAGAAGGCCACAUUUGAGACAACAAAGAAGAAGGAUAUUGGUGUUUCGGAUCUUACAUUGCUGAGCAAGAUCUCGAAUGAAGCCAUCAACGACAACCUGAAGCUUCGCUUCGAGCAUGACGAAAUCUACACGUACAUCGGACAUGUGUUGGUGUCCGUGAACCCGUUUCGAGACUUGGGCAUCUAUACCGAUAAUGUCCUCGACUCCUAUCGGGGUAAGAAUCGGCUAGAAGUUCCCCCUCACGUCUUCGCAGUUGCAGAAUCCUCGUAUUAUAACAUGAAAUCCUACAAAGAUAACCAAUGUGUGAUCAUUUCCGGAGAGUCGGGUGCGGGGAAGACGGAGGCCGCGAAGCGGAUCAUGCAGUACAUCGCCAGUGUAUCCGGCGGAAGCGAUUCGUCCAUCCAACAGACGAAAGACAUGGUUUUGGCCACAAACCCGCUCCUUGAAUCAUUCGGUAAUGCGAAGACGCUGCGCAAUAAUAACUCUUCUCGGUUCGGAAAGUACCUGGAGUUGGAAUUCAAUGCUAAUGGUGAGCCGGUUGGCGCCAACAUCACCAACUACUUGCUGGAGAAAUCGCGAGUCGUCGGUCAGAUCGCCAACGAGCGAAACUUCCACAUCUUCUACCAGUUCACCAAGGCAGCGCCGCAGAAAUAUCGAGAUAUGUUUGGCGUACAGCAGCCCCAAUCCUACCUGUAUACAAGCCGCUCAAAAUGCUUCGACGUGCCCGGAGUUGACGACAAUGCCGAGUUCAGGGAUACUCUGAAUGCAAUGGGGGUGAUUGGGAUGAGCGAAGCUGAACAGGACAACGUCUUCCGAAUGCUCGCCGCCAUUCUGUGGAUUGGAAAUGUUCAGUUCGCUGAGGAUGAUUCUGGAAACGCUGCUAUCUCGGAUCAGUCGGUUGUUGAUUUUGUCGCUUAUUUGCUGGAAGUCGAUCCUGCCCAGGUGAACAAAGCGCUCACCAUCCGCAUCAUGGAAACCGCCCGUGGAGGCCGUAGGGGAUCAGUUUACGAAGUUCCUCUGAACACCGUCCAGGCCCUUGCCGUACGUGAUGCGCUAUCCAAGGCGAUCUAUUUCAAUCUUUUCGAUUGGAUCGUUGAACGUGUCAAUCAGUCCUUAACUGCCAGGGAACCCGUAGCGAACUCAAUUGGAAUUCUGGAUAUCUAUGGUUUCGAAAUCUUCGAGAAGAACUCUUUCGAACAGCUCUGCAUUAAUUAUGUUAAUGAGAAACUCCAGCAAAUCUUCAUCCAAUUGACCCUGAAGGCUGAACAAGACGAAUAUGCUCGCGAGCAGAUCCAGUGGACGCCGAUCAAAUACUUUGAUAACAAGGUGGUAUGCUCGUUGAUUGAAGACAAGCGGCCACCUGGUGUUUUUGCUGCCCUCAAUGACGCUUGUGCAACAGCGCAUGCUGAUUCUGGCGCUGCGGACAACACCUUUGUGGGAAGACUGAACUUCCUCGGGCAGAAUCCAAACUUCGAGAACCGACAGGGUCAGUUUAUUGUCAAGCACUACGCCGGUGAUGUCAGUUACUCCGUAGAGGGCAUGACAGACAAGAACAAAGACCAGCUGCUGAAGGAUCUCCUGAACCUUGUCGGAUCGAGCGGCAAUCAGUUUGUCCACACGCUUUUCCCUAACCAGGUCAACCAAGAUGAUAAGAGACGUCCACCUACUGCUAGCGACAAGAUUAAGGCUUCCGCUAACGACCUGGUGGCUACCUUGAUGAAAGCUCAGCCAUCAUACAUUCGUACCAUCAAGCCAAACGACAACAAGGCCCCGAGAGAGUACAACGUUGGAAACGUUCUGCAUCAAAUCAAAUACCUCGGUCUCCAGGAAAACGUCCGAAUUCGACGUGCUGGUUUCGCUUAUCGUCAAACUUUCAAUAAGUUCGUGGAGCGUUUCUACCUUUUGUCCCCGAAAACGUCCUACGCCGGCGAUUACACAUGGACCGGCGACGCAGAAUCAGGCGCUCGGCAGAUCCUCAAGGACACUAGCAUUCCCGCAGAGGAGUACCAGAUGGGUAUCACGAAGGUGUUCGUCAAGACCCCCGAAACGCUUUUUGCCCUAGAGGCUAUGCGUGACCGGUAUUGGCACAACAUGGCUAUUCGCAUCCAGCGCGCAUGGCGUAACUACCUUCGCUAUCGUAUUGAGUGCGCCAUCCGCAUUCAGCGAUUCUGGCGUCGCACCACCGGCGGUCUUGAACUCCUUAAGGUGCGUGAUCAAGGCCAUCAGGUGCUCCAAGGUCGCAAGGAACGUCGCAGAAUGAGUUUGCUCGGCUCUCGACGAUUCCUUGGUGACUACCUUGGAAUCGGUAACAAGGGUGGACCGGGAGAGAUGAUCCGCAACGGUGCAGGCAUUAGCGGAUCGGAUGAUAUCCUCUUUUCUUGCCGUGGUGAGGUCCUGAUUUCCAAGUUUGGUCGGUCUAGUAAACCUUCUCCACGGAUUCUUGUUUUGACAAACCGGCAUGUAUAUAUCGUGGCACAAAUUCUUGUCAAUAACCAAUUGCAAAUUUCAGCUGAAAGAACGGUGCCGAUUGGUGCCAUCAAAGCUGUCAGCACCUCAAAUUUGAAAGACGACUGGUUCUCCUUGAUCAUCGGUGGGCAGGAACCUGAUCCUUUGAUUAACUGUGUCUUCAAAACGGAAUUUUUCACACAUCUUCAGACCGCUUUGCGUGGGCAAUUGAAUCUGAAGGUUUCUGAGAACAUUGAAUACAACAAGAAGCCCGGUAAGUUGGCUACGGUUAAAGCUAUUAAGGAUCCGGCCGCCUCUCCGAACGUUGAUACCUACAAGAGCCACACUAUUCACACCAGUCCCGGUGAGCCCCCGAGCUCGGUCUCCAAGCCGACGCCGAAAGCGAAGCAAGUUGCGGCACGGCCAGUCACCAAAGGAAAGCUGUUGCGCCCCGGAGGUCCUGGUGGCGGGCCAUCGAAACUGGCGUCCAGACCUGCAUCCAGACCUACACCCAAACCUCAACCUCUGCCUCAAUCACAGCCGGCUACGGCGCAACCAAUUCCUGCCCCUCAGCCUGCCGCCGUUCCUAGACCAGUUCCCCAGCCCGUUGCAGCCGCUGCCGCUUCUCAUACACGGAAUGCCUCAUCCGGCUCCGUGAGAGCUCCGCCUCCGCCACCGCCAGCGAGUCCCCCGGCGCCGAAGAAAGCAACAGCGAAGGCCUUGUACGAUUUCACUAGCGCACAGUCCAACGAGCUGGACAUCCGGGCGGGAGAUGUCGUGCAGAUUGUAUCGAAGGAAGGGAACGGUUGGUGGUUGUGCAUGAACAUGGCAACUUCCGUCCAGGGCUGGACCCCCCAGGCGUAUCUUGAAGAACAAGUCGCGCCUACGCCUAAGCCUGCUCCCCCACCACCACCACCAGCCGCACCUAGGGCAAGCCCGGUGCCGUCUGCCAACGGAGCCGCCGCUACUGCGGCCGCGGCGAAGGCCAAACCAGCACCUCCUGCGCCACCUGCGAAGCGCCCGAACAUGGCUGGAAGAAAAGCGGUGCCGGCACCUCCACCAGCGCCUCGGGACAGCGCCGUGAGCAUGAACUCGCAGGACUCGUCUGGCGGUAGUGGUCGCGGGACGCCGAACAGCACCUCGAACGCCAGCCUAGCAGGAGGCCUCGCAGAGGCAUUGAGAGCACGACAACACGCGAUGCAAGGCAAGCACGAUGAUGAUGAUGAGUGGUGA